UAAACCAAUAAAAUUUCAGAAUUUUGCCAUGUCAUUUUAACAGGGAAGGAGCAAAUUGUUUUCAAGAGAUGCGAUAGUUACAGAUUAAGUUUACCUUAACUUGGUUGACUUAUCACUCAUCUCCCUCUGAUUUUAUUUGUCUCCCGAGAACGUCUGAUAGAAUAUGAGUGCCUUUCCCCUUUCUCGCUCGGAGGUGUUUGGGGAGCUGAGGAAAGAGCUGCAUGAGGAUGAGGAGUUCCGGCAGUCUGAUGCUCACAUCUUCAUCAUCAUGGGAGCAUCGGGGGAUCUAGCCAAGAAGAAAAUCUAUCCAACUCUAUGGUGGCUGUUCAGAGAUGGCCUCCUCCCUGAACAGACUUUUUUUGUUGGUUUUGCUCGCUCUGAACUGACAGUGGAUUCCAUUAAGACCGCCUGCUUGCCCUACCUAAAGGUGGCAGACACCGAGGUGGAGUGCCUGGCCGCGUUCUUCAGCCGUAACUCCUACGUGAGCGGGAAGUACGCAGACGAGAGCUCCUUCGCCAAACUUCACACCCACCUGCUGUCUCUGCCGGGGGGAGCGGACGCCAACCGCCUCUUCUACCUGGCGCUGCCGCCCAGCGUCUACCACGACGUCAGCAAGAACAUCAGACACCACUGCAUGAGUGCCAAAGGCUGGAACAGGGUGAUUGUGGAGAAGCCGUUUGGGCGAGACCUGCAGAGCUCUGAGGCGCUGUCCGCCCACCUCUCCUCCCUCUUCACUGAGGACCAAAUCUACCGGAUAGACCACUACCUGGGCAAGGAGAUGGUGCAGAACCUCAUGGUCCUCAGGUUUGGAAAUCGGAUAUUUGGGCCAAUCUGGAACAGGGACAACAUUGCCUGUGUAGUCCUCACCUUUAAAGAACCCUUUGGAACUCAAGGCCGGGGCGGCUACUUUGAUGACUUUGGCAUCAUCCGUGAUGUCAUGCAGAACCACUUGCUCCAGAUGCUCUGUCUGGUUGCCAUGGAAAAACCAGCCUCUACAAGCUCUGAUGAUGUCAGGGAUGAAAAGGUUAAGGUGCUUAAGUGUAUAGCCCCACCAACAAUGCCUGAUGUGGUUUUGGGCCAGUAUGCCGGCGACCCAGAGGGGGAAGGGGACGCAAAGCUGGGUUACCUUGACGACCCCACUGUCCCCAAAGGCUCCACUCAGGCCACUUUUGCCACAGUUGUGCUCUAUGUACAUAAUGAGCGCUGGGAUGGUGUUCCUUUCAUCCUGCGCUGUGGGAAGGCAUUAAACGAGAGGAAGGCUGAGGUCCGACUGCAGUUCACUGACGUGCCAGGGGACAUCUUUGGGGCUCAGUGUCGUAGGAAUGAGCUGGUGAUGCGUGUUCAGCCAAACGAAGCUGUCUAUGCCAAGAUGAUGAGUAAGAAACCAGGAGUGUACUUCCACCCUGAGGAGACUGAGCUGGACCUGACCUACAAAAGCAGAUACAAGGAUGUCAAGCUGCCAGACGCUUAUGAAAGACUUAUUUUGGAUGUCUUCUGUGGGAGCCAGAUGCACUUUGUCCGCAGUGAUGAGCUGAGGGAAGCUUGGAGGAUCUUUACGCCUCUUCUUCAUAAGAUAGAUAAAGAGAAGACUCCCCCAAUUGCCUAUAGAUACGGAAGUCGUGGCCCAGUUGAAGCAGAUGACCUCUCCAAGAGGGUUGGAUUCCGGUAUGAAGGAACAUACAAAUGGGUCAACCCUCACAGACUGUGAAAUAGGAUGAAAGAGGGAGGGAUGUGACAAGUGUCAUGUUCUAAUUCUCUUGAAUGUCUUUGAGUCAGGGGGUGUUACAACUGUGUUGACUUCUCUCAGCUACUGCUAGGAAAGAGACUUGGAAAUGUAUGGAAAGGAAGCUGUUUUGAAGCAUAGGAACAUUGCCAAAGUCUCAGGUACUUCAGUAAUCAUUUGUGCAGUGGCCUGUCUGGAGACAGUUUCACAUGCUUUCACAGAUUUGUUUUAUUAGUGACUGAAAACAUCCGAGUACGUCAUUCCAACAUUAUGAACUCAUUAAAUUAGUUGUAGCAUAUGAUUCUUUAUCAGUUUUGUCUUUUAAGGUCCAUGCGAAAGCCAGUUGGGACCAAACCUGAAGUGAUAGGGAACAAAAUACAAUUCCACACAGGACCUUUUGUAAUGUAGAUUAAAUAUUGUUGGAAUGGUGUGGCAUCAGGGCUUAACCCGUCUGGAGUGGAAAACAGAAGUUAUUUAACCAGUGGGGAACAAAAUAGGGAACAGGAGCAAUACUGUACAUUCUCACACAUACCCGUUAUGAGCUUGGCUACCAAACAUUUUAAACAUGUAUAACAUGGAGAACAAAACCAGUAACCUGCUAAUGGCGGCUAUUGACCGGCCAAAGCUACAAGAAUUACAUGACAGUUAUACCCAGUGCACUGAAGGCAUUUACUAUAAUUUUGCUUCUGCUGUUUUGAAAUAAGAAAAUCUUGAUAACAAUGAUGUUUACUGUUGGAAGUCUGACAGCAGGGUUGCUGAUUAUAUUUGGUGUUCAUCUUUUGCACUCAGUUUGUCUUCCAAUCACCUAGUGCAGCAUUGAAUUAUAACAGGCUUUAGUGUGCUUCAACAUAAUACAUCUUUUUCCGAAAGAUUACUUUUCAGUUACAUUCCUUUUGUUUACAUUUUUCUUGA